GGCGCCGUGACGUCUUGCCGUUUAGUCCAUACGAUUGGUCCCCGCCGCACGUCUUAGUUGCGUCAGCUUCGGUGUGCCGUGUGCAGCAGGUGCGGGCCCGGUGCGCGGCAUUCAGCCAGCAGCCCAGUUGUGCGCGCGUUCGUCAUGUCGCAAGUGGAGCCCGUGAACGUGAAGCCAAGUGGAUCUCCUCGUGCCGACAGCGAAUGGGUUGAGUCCCCGCUCGACGACGCUGGAUCCAGUCCAUCACAAGAGAGGUCUCCUUCCCAAGUACAAAACAAGCAGGUGGAUGGACCUGUUCAACACCUGGCGCCGUCAAUAAACGUAUGCAAUGGGAACGUUUACUUCCAGACCUUCAGAAACUCUCCCGUAAAACAGCCUUGCACUCCCAUCACUCCCUACCGCGCUGCACGUGAUCGCAGCCCCAUCAACGAGCGUCGAGCAGGAAAUUCCAGGCGCCGGACUGAGAAUACAGAAGAUCCAAGACGCUCGACAAACGGACGAGGAAAUAUGGAAGAGCGCACGAGCGAACGUGAACCCACUGCUCGUCGCCGGGAGCAUCAUGGCUGUGACCGCGGUUAUGCACACGGUAGUCACCGAGGCACCCGCCGUCAUCGCCAGGAAGUGCUUCGCGAAAGAAUUAACGGGUCAUGGAAUUCUCCUAGAAGGCAGUAUUAAAACGCCUACGGUGAUAUGCUGUUUAGAAUUGAGCAGCGCGUUAGGUGGUGGUGGUGAAAACACUUAUUGAGGAAAAUACAAAAGAGAUUACCUCCGAAGGGGGGGAGGGGGGUACACCUAAGUGUACUUCCUAGUUAGUUAUAAAUCUUCGUGCUAAUGACACGUUGCCUCCGCUACUGAAACGAUCAGUUUAGACAGUGACGAAUUGAGUGAUGUUGCAGAUGUCAUAGUUUAAGCGACGUUACGGCUCUCGAAGCCAGAUAAUUUUUUCGAUCUACGUUGUG